GCGAGCCCUGGGCUGGGGCUCCCUGUACGCAUGGUGUGGGGUUGGCGUGAUCAGCUUCGCCGUCUGGAAGGCUUUAGGAGUUCACAGUAAGCCGUUAUGGGAUUUUGCUUCGUGCAGACUCAGUGACAACCGAGGGGCGGCCAACGGCCCCCGGCCUCGCGCAGACGCAGUGACACCCUGAGGGGCGGCCAACGGCCCACAGCCUCGCGCAGACGCAGUGACAACCGAGGGGCGGCCAACGGCCCACGGCCUCGCGCAGACGCAGUGACACCCUGAGGGGUGGCCAACGGCCCACGGCCUCGCGCAGACGCAGUGACACCCUGAGGGGUGGCCAACGGCCCACGGCCUUGCGCAGACGCAGAGCCAAGCCGAGGGGUGGCAAGCCGUCGAAGCGCUGUCCCUCUGCUCCUGAAAGCUUGCGUGCCACAUUCUUCCAUUCUCUUCCCCCGCCUUUUGACCGGAUGGCUGGGAGCUGGCAUCUGCUGUGGGCCGGCCGGAGGGUGGGCGCUGCGAGAGCGACUUUCCUGAGUCUGGGCAUGGCACCGUGUCCCCGCCCGCUGGCCUGCACGCCACUCCGACGCCCGUGGUCUGUCACCCCCGUGUCCAGGAUGGCGACUGUCAGGGGCGAGCUGAUGAAGAACUUGACUUCGGAGGCGGCCGUUCCUCACAAUAAGGUGUCCAUUAUAGGGACCGGCUCCGUGGGCAUGGCCUGUGCCAUCAGCAUCCUGCUGAAAGGCCUGAGUGACGAGCUGGCCUUGGUGGAUGCCGCGGAAGGCAAGCUGAAGGGCGAGACCAUGGAUCUGCAGCAUGGCAGUCAGUUCGUGAAAAUGCCACACGUCGUCGCCAGCAAGGAUUACCUCGUCACCGCCAACUCCAGCCUCGUGAUUAUCACGGCAGGAGCGCGCCAGGAAAAGGGGGAAACGCGCCUCAAUUUAGUCCAGCGCAAUGUGGCCAUCUUUAAACUGAUGAUUUCCAGUAUUAUCCAGCACAGUCCGCACUGCAAGCUGAUUGUUGUCUCCAAUCCGGUGGACAUCUUAACUUACGUAGCGUGGAAGUUGAGUGGGAUGCCCAAAAACCGUGUUAUUGGAAGUGGUUGUAAUCUGGACACUGCUCGUUUUCGUUUCUUGAUUGGGCAGAAGCUCGGGAUCCACCCCGAAAGUUGCCACGGGUGGGUCCUUGGAGAGCACGGCGACUCCAGUGUUCCCGUGUGGAGUGGGGUGAAUGUCGCCGGUGUCCCUCUGAAGCAUCUAAACUCGGACAUAGGGACCGAUAAAGACCCUGAGCAGUGGAAAGAUGUCCACAAAGAUGUGAUUGCCAGUGCCUAUGAGAUUAUUAAAAGAAAAGGCUAUACUUCUUGGGCCAUCGGCCUUUCUGUAGCUGAUUUAACGGAAAGUAUCUUGAAGAAUCUUAGGAGAGUGCAUCCAGUUUCCACCAUGAUUAAGGGUCUCUAUGGAAUAAACGAAGACGUGGCCCUCAGUGUGCCUUGCAUCCUGGGAGAGAGUGGAAUCUCGGACCUUAUCAAGGUCAACCUGACCCCGGAAGAAGAGGCUCGUCUGAAGAAGAGUGCAGAAACACUUUGGGAGAUUCAGAAGGAUCUCAAGUUUUAAAGUUGCCACAACUACUGUUCUGGAGUUAUUGAAGAAGAGAUAGAAGUUGUAUAUGUUAAUUUUAAAUAAACUUAGAUUCCUAAAAGUUGGGACAGGAUGGGGUAGAAUGACUCCCGUUUGUUUAGCCUCCCAGCUCUUUUAUUUAGCAUCUGGUUCUGUUUCUUUUUAAACAUUUCCUAAUUGACUGCAUCAAUGGUGUUUUUGUACCACUGAUGGACUAGUACUUACCUUGAGUUUAUAUGUGGUUGCCAUUUGACCCAAAGGAAUGUGGAGUGUAGGUAUUUUUUGUGUUAUAGAAAUAUUCUUUUGUUCUAGCUGGCUGACAUACUAUUUCAUCUAUUUAUAUACUAUUUUUUUAAAGUUGUAAUUUGAUCUACAAUGUAAAAAUAAAUGUAUAGAAGUACUUUCUGUAAUGGAGCCAUCAGCUGUCUUCACUCUCCUGUGGAAGCCUAUCAGAGGGCCUUCACAACAGCAUCAUGGAAAGGUAGCUGCACGUAGGGGCUGUGCUUUAGUGUGUUUCUGUGUGAGUGUGUGUGGUGUGGGUGCUGUGCACACCCCAUGCCAGAGAAGCAGAAUCGUUAGGUUAGAAUAUGAAAAUAAUAGCAAUCAGGUUGUGGCUGUUAUGAAGUGUUUAAAUGCAGUAAAAAAUAUAUAAAGCUUUUAGGAAGAGGCCUGACAAUCAGAGGUGGUACAAUUACUGUCAUUUAUUUGGCAGAGAAAGGAAACAUCCCAAAAUUGUUCAGUUACUAAAAAUAAUGCCUGAUUGAAAUAAUUUUACCACUGCCUCUGAGAUCAUGACCUGUUAGCAUUUUAAAUCAGGAAGCAUGUUCUAAGUUGUUCUCAUUGGGCCGAGGCUCGGCCCUGGGCCACACACUCCAGGGUCAUCUGUGUUGCUCAGUUUAUCUCACGUUAAUGGAAAGCUUUUGCUUUUGAAUUGUGCCCUGUUGUUAAUCAUUGUCAAAAAAAUUGGCCAAUUCCAUAAGUACUUUAGGGACUAUAAGUCUCAAAAAGUUACAUGUCCCAUUUUUAUUCCUAAAUUAGUUGACUUUACAACAGAUUUUAGACUUUAUACAUGUGAUACAGUGAGCAUUUGGGAGAAAGUGAACCUUUAGCUAAAUGAUAGUUUUGUAGCUUAGAAAGUGGACAUUUUAAAAAUGUGUGUUAGCUUUUCUAAUGCAACUGAAUAUUAAAUAAACAUAUGGUAUGUUCAAUCAUACCUUAGGAUCCACGUGGAUAUCAACAGGCCUAAUCAAAAGUGAAGGGUACUAGCGUCUGCUGUAUACACUAAGCCAAUUCUGCUCUAGUUGAAUUCGUAGACAUAGGACAGUGAUCUGUCCCGCAAAAAUGACCCUUUACUGUGCCAAUCAAAGUUCCCAUACGAUUUCACUGAAAACAUGUAGAAAUGUUCUGAUUCCUCACGAAGCAAUGUCAUAGCCCCCCAAAGUGGGGAGGGUGGUCGUAAGAACUGUGUAAGCUCAGCCUCACAGAGUUUCUCUUCUCCUUGGUCCAGCCCUUGAGGUUUUGUGCAGCCACGUUUCAGCCGAAUGCUACACUGAAGGGCACGGGAGCCUGCCUUACAUCUGUUUUGCAGUUCUCUCCACCAUUAAUGUCAGGAUAGGUUGGGCUACGCUGCAGUGAAAAACAGCCUCCAAAUGUGUGGGUUAAAAUAAAAGUUUAUUUCUGUCUCAUGUAAAAUCCGCUCUGGGUUUACACGACGCCUUAGAGAAGCUGCCCACAAGCCAGCUCGGUACCUCAGGUUUCCUUUCUCUCGAGGCUCCGCCACAGCCACACCGGUUUCCCUGGUUGCUCGGGAAAGGGGAGAGGGGCCUGGAGACCCAAGCAGCUGUCGUGGCUUCGCCCUGGAAGUGACACACAUUUCUACUCACAUUUGAUUUGCUAGCACUGCUCACAUGGUUACCUAACUUCAAAAAGGGUAAAGAAACAUCACGCUUCUGUAUCCACAAGUAGGAGGCUGGUAAUAAUCUGCACGCCAUUCUAAAUAAAAUGGUGACCACUGCAAGAGGUAUAUACGUUUCUAGAGUGAUUUUUAGUGACAGCUCAUACAUAGUAGAUGUUCUGGAGGUACCAUCUUGCCAGGUCACAGAAGCAGGGUGACUGUCAAGAGCAAGCCCUGGACACCCACUACGCAGUUGUGCUUACUGCAGACCACGUCAGUACGAGUGGGUUCGCCUCCGUGGCCUCAGUUUCUCCAUGUGAAGUGGUCCUCGCUUCUGCCACAAGGAAUUUUGAAGGCUAAAUAAUAGCGUGAGGUCUGGUACAGUGCCUGGCUUGUAAGUGGCCCCAGGUGGCAGACAUUAUUUUUUCUGUUCAGGUAACAUUUAAGUUUUAUUCUGUUUUAGUUUAUUAAGAAGCUGAAUUCCCAGGUUCUUCAAAGUUAUCAAUGGUGCUGUAGUUAUCGACAUGUCCAAAGGCUUUUUCGUCCAUCAGUCCCACAAAGCUCUCGUCCUCAUUCUAAUCCCAGCCCCGAGGCAAGCAGCACACCUGCAAGCGAGGAAAUUGGGCUGGUCCACAGCAGAGACGCUUUAAAACUUGGAGCUUUUAAUUCUAGUAGCUGCCUGUGUAGUAGAAUCCAUGAUGUAAGGAUUUUUUAACUUAAAUGGGGGGCAUAUCCUGGAGCUUUGUACAAUUGUUCAGCACACCACAUAUCAGACCAAAAGUUUUCAGACUCUUUCCCCGUCAGGACAUGCGUGGUACAUGCACAGCAUACCCCAGGCGGUGCUCCUGGCACACUGGCUCUCUGGCCUUUCAGGAAGCUGCUGAAAUGUGAGUGAGUGACAUUAUCAGAGAUCCAGUCUUGAAUUGUUCUACUAUCUAAAAAGUCAAUUGUAUCUGUUCUUCAGAAUGUGCAGACUAGGGGCAAAUUUCUGGACAUCAUGACAUCCCCUUUAAGAAUUGCUGCCUUGGAUGUAGGUACCAUCUGAUGAUAUUAGAACCCUGAAUUUUUGGACACGAACACUGAUGCUUUAAGGGAGCUGAGGGUGUGCCGUUGUCUUUAUGGAGAGCGGCCCCUAGCAGGGCGCUGUGCACAGCAGUGCCGCUUUGCAGGGCAGCCCUCUGGCCCGUAGCCUUGGGAGAGUCCUCUUUGCUAAGAGGGAAGGGAAUUGACCCCAGAGUUUAGAAAAUGCUUCAGAAUAAAACUGACUUGCUGGAUGGAGACACGAGUUCCCAGCAUGCCCCAUCUUCACCGGAUUUUGGGGUACAGAGUAGGGGGUGCUUCUGUGGCAGUGGCUGUGAUUGUUAUCGUGGAAUGCAGUACGUUUAUAACCAGGUUUGCCAAAAUGUGCGCAGGCCCUGAAUCUUUUCAAGCACAGUUUUAAGCAGGGGGUGUUCUAUGGGCCUGCAAGAAGAAUAUCACUGAUAAGACCGACGCCUUCUGUGAACUGUGUAUCAGAAAUUGAUAUAGGUGAAAAAAACAAGGGUUUUCAUUUACUGUGCAUGUAAUAUAAAUUGUAUAAGCUGUAAAACCUUCUAUGGAGUCCCAUUGUUUAAAGCAACUGGAGGCCUUGUUCAUAACUUCAGUGUCGACUCUGGCUUUCCAUUCCCACUGCUGUGAAACUAAAGAACAGGGCUGAAUGGCGUUCUUUAUCCCACUUGCCUCUCUCCCUUUACCUUGCUCUGAAGCCUAUCUGUUCCUAGUGGGCUGUUCUGAGAUAUGAUUCCUUCUAGUGGUUCAGUUACUCACUCAGGACCCUGGGAACACAUGAAUAAUACAACACUUGAGAAAUGAGAGGGCAGAAAAAAUUGUGUCGAGAGGAGGAAAUGGGAACAGAACCGUGCUGAUGUAGGGCAGCCGCCCUCUCCUCGUCUGCCCGGGCCUCCUGAGCAUCUCCCAGGCUCAUCCUUCCAGGCUCCCUGUCACUGAGAAGGCGGAAGGGCAGGCAGUUCUGUGCACGCGCCGGCUCUUGGACACUCCAGCUGAAAGCUGUGUCAUCGGGCUCAGCUGUGCCAGCCGUGCAACCAGAAAAGCGAAGGGAGAGAACCAGGAAGCACCUUGCAAACCCGAGCCAGAGAGACGUCUGUCUCUCCACUCAGAAAGCCUCAGGCACGUCUCCUCGACAGGGGCACCUGGUGUUUUGGACAAAGCAAUUAUUUUUUCAUGUGCCAUCCUGGACAUUUAGCAUCCGUGCCCCUCAAAAGCAGAGUAGUAAUCCCCUGUGACUGUGACAACAAAAAGGUCUACAUCAUCAGUCCCUUCCCAGAGGUGCAGUACUGCCUCCAGUCAAGGACCUCCAGGAGGGGUUCAUCACGGUGCAGACUCGAGAGCUCCGUGGGAGAGGGGGCUGGACAUCCCGCGGGUCUGGGACCUGCCGUUGACACGGUUGGCACGGACCUCCUACAGACCACCUGUGGUGGGUAACCUAUGUAUCUUCUAGUGUCGGUGUUUAAACCAAAACAGUGUAUAACUGUAGAAUAAUGCUUUCAAUAAACAUGCCACACUAUUUAUAUCCACGUAUGCUGUGAUCAGAACCAUAGCACAGGUAUUCUGAUGACGCCGUAAGGAAGUAGUUCAUGAUAUGGAGCACUCACCACAUGCUAGGUGCUGCGCUUUGCACGUGUCAUCUCUCUCAAGCCUCACGACACUGUAGGCGGGGAAUUAUGUCCACUGCACACCUGGGAACUACUGCUUACAGUGAGCAGCUUUCCCGGGUGCUGGCCUCGGAUUUGAGCAGAGAGGUCUACCAGAGCCCAUGCGGCUAACAGCAGUGCUGAGAUGACCGGAAUGAAUGCCUACGAAUUUACCGCUUCCAAACAAGAGGCACACCCUGAAUUUGGAAACCAAGUAAGGAUUCAGGUUCAAAUUAAAAUAAAUAAGACAGAAAACUGUACUUGAACAAUAAUUAAAUUUUAAAAAUGCUUAAAAAUAAAAUAAAUAAGCAUCCCCAUUAAAAAAAGAGGUCGACUUUCAAAACAACCAUUGGAAGAAGUGAGGUGCUGCUGAGUCCCGGGUGCCUCACACACCCCAUCAGGGAGACCUGUACCCUGGGCACGCACAACUGGGAUACGGCAUCGGACAGGACUGUCUAGAUUACACAGAACCAAAGCGCACAUAGUAGUACCAUCUAAUCUAAAAAUCAUCCAGCCCCCGUAAAUCAGUGUUCCCCCCGCGGGCGGUGUGCAUUGUAGGUAGAGCCAGGCGCCCCAUGACGACCCUGGAUAUGAAGAUCUUCCAGCCCCCCUCCCCCUGCCUGCAGACUCCAGAUCAACCUCUCCUGGUGAAACCUCUCCCUGCGUCUUUCAACACUGGCUGGCACGUAAAAACGUUCUAGUUUGUCUGCCAUUCACCGAUUCAUUCUUUUAUUAACCCCCUAGUAAGUUUCUUCUCUCCACCCCUCUCUGGCUCUAAGAUUCUUCUCACUUGGACCAGCCUGACUGAGUAUGUCCGUGGGUUUAGCUAGUCAAAUCUCAUGCUUGGCUGCAUCUUUACGUGUGAAGGCCAGCCGUGCACACAAAACUACUGUGGGGAGCCUGUGCGUCCCAGAUUCGGAGUGGAGGUGUAUGUCAUUCAAGGCCCAGUAGAUGGAUAUUUAGAAGAAGAAAAGAGGUGUAUCUCAUUUUCCUUCAGAGUGGCCAGGACACAGUUCCUACCUUUUGUUGGUCUGCCUUUGCUCUUGUAGCCUCGAGCAGUGAAGUGCCCUCCAGUCACCAGCCACAGCCUCUCUGACUGUUUGGCACCCUUCCCUUCUUUUAACAUUUGACGAUGGACUUUUUCC